GAUGUAUUUAAGACAAGUUCCCAUUGAAUUAUUGUAUUAAUGUAAAUAUCCUUUUAUUAUGGUGUGGUUUUAAUAAAUAAUGAAGAAAUUUUACGGAAUUUUCAAGGAAGGCAGCAAGAUCAAUCAGAUAAUAUGUGCAAUUUUAAUAAAUUUGCCAGUAUUUGCGUACGGUGCCAGCAUUGGGUGGAUGUCACCUAUGACGUUGUUACUUCAAUCUAAAGAGUCACCUAAGGCUGUGCCCCUAACAGAUACAGAGGUUUCGUGGAUGGCUUCAGUAGCAUAUUUGACAUGCAUACCAGGAAAUAUAUUAAUGGCUUUUCUCGGGGAUACCAUUGGAAGAAAAAAAACGUUACUUUUCAUAUCAGCAACAGGAGCUGCGAGCUGGAUUCUUUUGCUGUCAUCGUUAGAAGUUUGGAGCUUUAUCCUAGCCCGAGCUCUGGUCGGCAUCACCAUGUCAGGAUGCUAUGUCACAUGCCCUAUUUACACUAAGGAAAUCAGUGAUGAUAGUAUACGAGGAGCUCUAGGAUGUUUGAUUAUUUUAUUUCACACCACGGGUAAUUUAUUUCUCUACGUAAUAGGGGACUUUUUGAGCUAUCGAACAAUUAUUUGGAUUUGCUUAGCUUUACCGACCUUUCAUCUCGUACUUUUUAUGAUGAUGCCGGAUUCUCCCUCUUAUUUUGUAAAAAGAGGAAAAAUUGAGGAGGCUACACGUGUACUAGCUUGGCUGAAGUGCAAGAGAGAAGAUGAUAUAACAGUUAAAAAUGACCUUGAAAUUAUACACAAGGAGCAAAAAAAUGAUGAUGAUAGCAACCAUUUUCUAUUGAAAGCUAUAGUAAAAGACGAAGUACUGUCCAAAGCGUUUUAUAUAGCAAUGAUGGUUACACUUGCUCGAGAAAUAUGUGGUGCUGUACCAGUCUUGAACUUUGCAGGAGAAAUAUUUACGUUCGCUUCCAACAAUUCGAAUAUACUGUUGAGUCCUAAUCAACAAGCGAUGCUACUUGGAGCUGUGCAAGUGACUGGUUCGAUACUUGCAUCACUGGUUGUAGAAAAGGCUGGAAGAAAGGCAUUACUUUCGAUCACGUCGUUUAUAUCUGGACUUAGUAUGUGCGCUCUGGCUUCUUGGUUUGUCGCACGAGACUAUGGAGCUAAUACACCAAAUUGGCUUCCUAUAGUAACAUUAUGCUUGUGCAUUUUCUGCGAUUCUUCUGGAUUACAGCCAAUAUCUAUUGUUAUCGCUGGAGAGAUUUUUUCCUUUAAGCAUCGAGGAACUGUUAUGGCCGUGACGAUGUCGGCUGCGUCUCUUGCUGAUUUUCUUCAACUUUUGUUCUUUAAACCGUUGACAAGCUCUGUUGGCAUCCACGUGGUAUUCUACUUUUUUGGAGGAGUGUGUAUAUUGAUGGCAUUAUACGUAAUCAUUGUAAUACCAGAAACCAAAGGAAGAAGCUUAGAAGAUAUUUAUAAGAGUCUUGGUGCACGCAGAAGAAGAGGAAGAAAUAACCAAAACGAAUUAAACUGCUAG